CUUUGCAGAAUAUGCCUAGCAUUCCCACAUGUGUACUUGACUCCAUUGGUAGAGAUGGUGAUUGAAGCACCUUUUGUUAUCAUUGGGGGAGGAAUCUCUGGUGUCACCUGUGCUCAACAGCUCCAGGCAGUCUGUCCUGACAAACCUGUUUUGGUGAUUAGUCGAAGUCCACUUGUGAAACGAAUUGGCAACAUCAGUUGUCAUACCCAAAUUUUGGAGCAUUUUGAGGUGAGUGAAAGCCAAGGUGAAACCUGGGCUGAGGAAUUCCCCAAUCUCAAAGUUCUCAUUGGAAAUGUGGACCUCAUCAAUGCAGAUGACCAUAUGGCACAUUUAUCAAGUGGACAGCUUGUGAAGUACAAGAAGUUGUGCAUCUGUAGUGGAGGCACACCAAAACUCAUUGCUGAGAAUCAUCCUCAUGUCCUUGGGAUUCGAGACACAGAAUCAGUGCAACUCUUUCAGAAUCGUCUCAAGGAUGCAUCCCGCAUCAUCCUGGUUGGAAAUGGAGGCAUUGCCACUGAACUUGUUUAUGAGCUGGAAGGGAUACAGGUAAUAUGGGUGCUGAAAGACAAGAGCAUGACAGCAACAUUUGUUGACCCAGGAGCAGGCCAGUUCUUCCUUCAUCAAGUCAAUGCUCCUAAGAAGAAAGAAACCAUCUCCAAACGGCAGCAGUUCAAUCUAUCAGGUUUCCAGACACUCACCCCCCUCUCUGCUCUCCUUUCUCCUAGAAAGGAAUCCAAGGAGACAUGGCCAUUGUAUGUGGAGCUGACCAAUGGGAAGAUCUAUGGCUGUGACUUUCUGGUUUCAGCAACAGGGGUCAUUCCAUCAUUCCCAAAAGUCUUGUCAAAGGUCACAGAGCUGAAGGUGAGCCCAGAGGAUGUAGGGAUCAUGGUUGAUAAGGAGAUGAGAACCUCCGUUGCUGACGUCUUUGCUGCUGGGGAUGUCUGCACCCCUGCUUGGCAACGCUCUCCCCUCUGGUUCCAGAUGCGUCUUUGGACUCAAGCGAGGCAGAUGGGCCAUCAUGCGGCCAAUUGCAUGGUGGCAUCUUUUAAGAAUGAGCAGGGACACACCUGGAGUGAUUUUGCCUUUGAAGUCUUUGCCCACAUGACCCAGUUCUUUGGCUUCAAGGUUGUCCUCCUUGGCCUCUUCAAUGGCCAGGGACUUGGCACCGACUAUGAGGUCCUCCUCCGUGUCACCAAAGGAGAGGAAUAUGUGAAGGCAAUCCUGAAAGAUGGGAAGCUGAAGGGAGCCAUCCUCAUAGGAGAUACAAAUCUCGAGGAGACAUUUGAAAACCUUCUUCUCAAUCAGAUGGACCUAUCUCCCUUCAAAGAUGAUCUCCUUAACCCCAACAUCGACAUUGAGGAUUUCUUUGACUGAUCACUGUGACUCAAACUGUGUGUGAACUCAAGUUGACUGUUGCUCUCUACACAAGUACUGGAGCAAAGAGAGAGCACUUUGAGAGCAAAGCGGCUUACAAUGAAGAAUCCUUUCAAAGAUGAGAUAUGCAAUGGAUGGAUUUAAAAAAUAAUAAAGUAGUGAAUUUAUCACAAAUGACCAAGA